GUAAAAUGGGCCACGGAGAAGAACCAUUGACCGCCACGUAUAAAACGCAGAGACCUCCAUGGAUCGGUCUUUGGAGUGAUCGUGAAUACAAGGGACGUGCCGACUGGUGGAAGGAGCCAGGACUUGAAGACUCUGUCACGCGUUCUGGAAAACUUCGUCUUUAUCGUGCUCGUUUCCGUGAGGAAGAUCCAGAUUGGUAUGAUCCAAAGGUAAAAGACGGAGAAUCCCUGGCCGGACCUUUCGGACUCGAUUCCAAGAAGACCAAAAAUCUCACCAAAAAAGGAGAUCAGCCAGGAGAGCUGUCCGAAUUCCAGAACAAAGUUUACGAAGGAUCCCACCAGUUUAAGGCUAUCGCUGAAAAGUUUGGAAUCAGCAAAGAGCAUCCAGGACUAUCCGUUAGUCCAACCUUGAGCGAUAAUAUGCUAACUCCAAAGGACGAGUUAGGCAGAAACGCCGUGUUGCCAAACUCUUGGUAUCCUGCCGGACCCCGUUUCUUCGACAGUCCACUCAAUGAGGGAUCUUUCUGGAAAGGACUUGCCGCCGCCAAGUAUGCUGGAAUUUUGUUGGCUCCAUACACUAUGCUGGAAAUCCGUGCACUCAAUACAGUCUCGGUAUCCGAAUUCUCGCCAAGAACCUAUAUGAAGAGAUACCUCCAACUCGCUCCAUUCCCAUUGGCCGUUGCAUUCGCCUGGGGCUUCAGUCUUUCAGCAGCCUCAUCGAUCCGUCAUAAGGAUGAUGUCCAUAAUCAUUGGUUCGCUAGUGUUGCUGUUGGAUCAACCGUGGCUACCAUGAAGAGCAACGUUGCCCUUGGAACCACUGCCGCCAUCUUCACCGCCAUCCUCGGAGCAUUCUGGCAGUAUCAACGACACUCGGAGACUGGACUCCAAGGAAUGACUGCUCAUCCACAAUCUGCCGGAAUCUGGGGAGGACCACUUCUUUGGCAGAAGAUGCAACUUGGAAAUGCCGAUGUUCCGACCACACGAUACUGAUUGGAUUUUUGAAUUUUUUCUAGCUUCGAUUCUACAAUCAUGUAUAAGAUUUUUAGUUUUCGAGAAAGAAGCAUAUAGCACUCAAACUUUAAUUUUUUUUUUCUUCUUUUCUGCUCUUUUCCGAAUAAAAUCAGCGGUCAUAGCAUG